UCUGGGACAGAUUUCUUAAAUUUUUUUUUUAAAGAAAUUGAUAGAAUUGUAUGCUGUAAAGGUUAAAGGAAGUCGUAUGGUCAUCAUUUAAUCACUCGCAAUUUAAUUUAAUUUUUUAUUCAUUCAUUUAUUUACUUCUGCAUAGACUAGAGACUACGAAGGUCGGUAUUUUGAAACUGAACAAGAAUUUAGAAUUGCACAAUGAGCUAUUGGCAAUGGUCUGGGUAAUAUCCCUGAGGAUGACUCGAAGACAUGCCAUCACAAUUUUGAGAAUAGAGACUAAGAUCAUUAACUGACGGGCAUUAGCAACUCGAACCAAAAACCUUUACAUUCUCUGUCUUAGUACGUGACUUUAGUCUUUCGAUCACCUUACUAUAAUGCGUGUACAGUGUUCCAACUGACGCAUUAAUUGAUGAAGUUUGAGUUUCAAUAAAGUGUUUGUAUGCUAAAAUCGCUGGCAAGCGGGGACAUAUAUUUAUUGUUUGCUACAAUAUAUAUUGGCAGGCUUGUGUGUUCAAUUAAGGCGUAUAAGCCCUUGUCAAGUAGAAGAACAGAUAGCACAAUGCAGAAAAGGACAGCACGAAGUUACAAUCAGGGUAACAACGUGAUUUGAACCGUACCUUCACACUUCACAUUGCGUUUGGUCGGCGAAACCUCUCGGCAGGUCAGGGAGGUCCCCAAGCACAGUUGUUUAUGUUCCUUUUUAUUCAUUAAUCGGCAUAUUGUGCUCUCAACUAUCGAUUAUGUUUAAAGGGGGGUCCCGCAGUGGACUGAUCGUUAAUCGGAUGAUCCGAAAACAUGCCAUCACAAUUUUAAACCUCUUCAGGCCCCUCCGUUCCGUUUGCCUGACCACCUAAAAGCAAAAUCGAUCAACUUACUCUAGAACAGCUUAACGAGGACUACCACACACACUCGGCCUUUGCUCACCCUGAUCAAAGUGGUCACCCAUCCGCUCACUGACUGCAAUCCAUGAUGCUUGAAUUCGGUGAUCUACUGGGAAUCACGUCUUACUAUCAAUCCACUUUGAGACAAGCACUAUUCCAAAAAGUUCCUUGGUUGAGCGCUUCACCGUUAAACCAAACUUUCUUUUGCAUGGAGGUGAUGGGUUUGAAUCCCAUUGUAGCACUUUGUGAUUCUCUCUCUUGUGCUAGCUGGUCUUCAUCUUAACAAAGCCGUGUACACGAGCUGAAAUAUGUAUGUGUAACAAAGCAACAAAUAAAUAAAUGCAGUUAGUUUUGAUUAUCUGUCUUUGAGUUAAUGAUAGAUUUUGUGUAGACAUGAAAUGGUAGUAUGCUUCUGAAUUUUUUGAAAAAGUUGUGGAUUUAACUGAAAUGGUGUUGGCGUUGUUGUGUAUCAAUUCCUACAAAUCCUAAUGGAGCAUAGGGCCAGUCACAACAACAGUUUUUUGCUGAUUCAUAUGAUGAGGAGGAGUUCACACCGGUUGUAACACAUAGGUGCGAGCGAGGCCAAAUGAUAAUUGAAGUAACGACACAACAACCAUUUAGGGGAUUAGUCCAUCCUAGGGAUUACAGAUCAGGACCAUGCGUUGCCCUGGGUAGAGGAGGCCGCACAACAACACUUACUCUUGACCUUUUUGUAGAAAAAGAUGAUCCAAGGUACUGUGGGGUACAAGUCAGAAAGCCUAAUUCUGGCGAUGUUACAGUAGCACUAGCUGUGAGAGUUCACCCCACAUUAGAAUUGUCAGAAGAUAAAUACUUUUUCUUAACAUGUGGAAAGGCCGGUUUUAGAAAUGCCAGAAAUGAAACCUCUCGAGUAACUUUAAACUUUUAUCAAAAUGAUAAAAAAGUUCAAGAGCUUAUAUACAGUCAAAAGUAUGAACUUAGAGCAGCUAUGACAAAACCUGAUGAUAUUCACAAAUUAAAAGUGAGGUCAUGUCUUAGCUUCGCUCCUAAUAAUACAGAAGUGCAACUAAUUGACUCCAAUGGUUGCCCUCUUACAAAUUUCUUGUCUCCAUUCCAUUACAAUGAAACAAGCCAUUCUGCAACUUCUGAGCUCUCUCAUACAUUCAAAUUCCCAGAUAGUAACAGAGUGCACGUGCAGUGCGAUGUUGUUCUCUGUAGGGGUCCUUGUGAACAGCCCGCCUGUAGAGGACCCAAUGACCCUGUACCAAGGGCAUUACCACGAGUGAGAAAUGGAACUGAUGACGGACAACUUAUGGCAUCUACCUCAGUUUACGUACUGGAGCCAGGAGAUCCAAUUUUGGCAGAAUCUCUAGAAACGUGUACAGAAUGGCGUUUCCCCUGGCUGAUAGGUCUGUGUAUCUGCCUGGCCAUUUUGCUUCUUGUGAUGUUAAUAGUCAAUAUUUUCCUCUGCUCAUCACUUACUUGUACAUGUACAAAAACAGAGGUUGUUGAUAAAGAACCUUCAGAAAUGGAUGAUUACGAUCCUUACAGAGUGGGUUGGGUGUCAGGUUCCCACUACGGCUCUCGCAGUUCUCUUCACAAGCCCGGCUACCUGUCGGGAGGUUCGACUCUUAACUCCACUGCUAGAUCAGUGAGCAAUGCUAGUGACCAUUAUGCCAUUGUCCAUUCAAGACCGAGCAGUAGGUACUCCCAACACUCCAGUAAAGAACCUUUGCACAAAAGUUCUGGUGGUUCCAUUUUAUCAAACGGUCAUCACAAUCAUUACAACUCUAGAAUCUAGAUCAUCAGGGUUGUCAAAUCCAAAUAAUACUUUUAUUACAAACUUAUACCUCAAGUGAUUUAUUUACCUGGAACUGAUUCAUGCACGUGACUAGUUCAGGCAUAUAAUGAUGAAAAAUUAGUAAAAGUCAACUUGAGUUUUGCGAGAGAUGAUAGCAAUUCAUCAAUAUCAUGGAGAUGUGUGCAUGGUUGAUAAUGUGCUUCAAGUGUGUGAGCAGCUUAUUUUUAAUGUUUUGAGCCUCGCAUUAAUAAAGAAGCACAAGAAAUAUUUAAAAAUAUUGUAUAAUCUGAUAAUUGCAUGUUUGAUGGAGUUUUCUUUAACAUUAUUAUUCAAAAAUUAUAAUUAAAUUGCUUUUUUUUUUAAAUUUAAUUCUACACUGCACAGUGAUGUAUGAUAUCAGUUUUGCAUUGAAUUUUCUGCAAAAUUACCUUUUAAAGCUAGGGGUAAUUACUGUGACGUAAAGCGAAUUCUAAAUAUGAAUAUAACAAACACAUAGGCUUUUUGAAAAACAUUCAGAAGGAAGGGUAGUGAAAAAUCUAAAUUGAUAUUGCCCACCAUCUUUUUCUUUUGCCUGUAUAUAAAUAAGAUUUCUAUGAAGCCACUACUAAUUUUCUGUAUAUCAAGAAAGUUUACAAAAUUUCUAACAAAUAAAUUAAUCUUGUGGAUACUAAAAUGACACUGAUAAUAAAGAUACAGACAGGGUGUUUGUUGUUCAGACGCUUUCACAGUACAGUAGCUGAACACUAAACAUCCCUGAUAAUAGUUCGUUAUGAUUGGUUGAGAUAACGAAUACCUAAUGUCAUUUUGAGAUUCAUCUAGCUGACUUUUUUUAAUAGGAGGUUUUUACAAAUUAACUAUUAUCAGAUAAUUCGAAAUUUUGAAGCUCUUUUCUAACGGAAAGCACCGAGCAAGUUCUUCGUCUCGGAAGAUGCUGGAAGUGUUUCUAAUUUAACGCUAUCCCAGUGGGCACCGUGAACAUACAUUAUGAAAUCAAGCAACAUUACCUGUGCCAUACUGCCACAGACACAUUCAUAGGGUGGGCCACAUUUACACAGAAAGAUACAUAGAUGUCCUGCACUAGAUUCAAACCCGCAACUAUUGGCUCUGCAGGCAGGCAUGUUGACCACUCGAUCGUUUGGCCACUGAAAUUUAGAAGGGAUCUCUUACAUUUUUAAAUAGUAUAUCAUAGUAAAAAAGAGGGCAGAAAUCUUAUAAGUUAGGUUUUCCAAAUCUUAUAAGUUAGGUUUUCCCAUACCUCCUGGUGAAUCUUUGCCAAAAAUCUAAAACUUUUCAUAAAAAUCUUAAUUUUAGAACACAGAUUAAAAUAUAAAAUUACCUGAGAAAAAUUUUUUAAUAAUCCGAUAAUAUUCAUGCAGUGUAGAGUUAAAAUAUUAAUAAUGAAAAACAAUCAGACAUUUAGAUUUUUUCCUACAGUAAAAUUAUAUAGUUAUUUUAAUGAAUUUUACAUUUUUAGAAAGUGUAGAGCAUGACAAAACUAGCUUAAUUUCAUUUAAAAUAAAGUGAUAGUUAAAAAACGAAAUUUUUUUUUCUCUAGUUCUAUGAAAAGAUCAGAUUUAUACAAAGUAGCUAAACGGGUUAAUGUAACAAAACAAUGCUAUUGGCACUCACAACUACAGAGCUUAUUGUAAUUUAAUAAAAAAAAAAAGAAAUUCAGUUCACAUUUUUCAUGCAUUUUGUUUUUUAUGCACAUUUCAUCCAUUCUUAACAAGGUUAACAUUUAUUGACAUGUGUUUAGGCAUCUUGUCAGAUGAAAUAUGUAAUUUAUUUAUUUUAGUACAGGGUAUUUUAAAAAAGAAAUUAAAAUCAAUUUGAGUGGUAAGAUAAGAUUAUUUAUUAACAAAUUUGAUAGAAAAUUUACGACUUGUUAGUCUAACAAUUUGAUAUUUUAAAUAAACCAAUAUUUUUGAAAUUGAAACAUUCAAUGUAAAUAUAGAUACACAAAAAUUCAGAUUUCAAUAGACUUUCCAACAAAUUAAAUUCAACAAUAUAAAAAGUGCAUAAACAGGUAAAGCUUAAAAGCUGCAAAAUAAGUUUGUCUUUUCAUUUUAAUAAAUUGUUCCAUAUUCAUAUACAACUAGAACAAUUUUACAUGCAUAAUAAUAAGCUUAUAUAAAUUUGUCUACAGCCCUUGAAUUAAAGUGAUGCUUAUGAUUAUAAUCAUAAUUGCAAAAGGAAUUUAAUACCCUUAGAAUGUUAAAAAUACUGUAAAAGAUCUGCACAAAAUCUAAUGUAUGUCGAUACUCGUUAAACAAUUUAACUUUUUAUAAACAGCGAUGAAUUUAAACAUUUUAUUGUGCACACUACUUAAUUACAAAAUAUCUAAUGAUACUUUGAAGAAGUGAUGUAUUAUUUGAAUACCCUGUACAGUGUUCAAAAUUAGUUGCCAUUGUAAAACAUUUUAUGUUUGUUAAAAUGUUCCCUGUAAAUCUGAAUAAUGUUUUGUUUUUUAUAUCUUAGGAAUAGAAAUGAGAAUUUUUUCUCAUUAAACUACAGAAAGAUUAACAUUGUUAUUUAUAUAAUAAUUUACAAUUUCAUCAUAAUCAUUGUUUGUAAAAUACACUUUUAACAAGCAUUCAUCGCCAUAACCUGGGUUUUUAUCUACCUAAAAAUGUGACAGGAACAAUGUUCCAUAAUUAUGUAAAUAUGUUAUUUUUGUUAGGAUAAAUAAAGUAAAUUUUUUCUAA